AAGAACUAUUUCAGAGGCUUCUUGAAGCCUUUCCUGUUGUCUUGAUGCCAUCCUGUGUUAUCUGCCAGAACGUCUGUGUCCCUACAGGGCACUUACCACAGCCUGGGAGGAGGUCCUCACCUUCCUUCCUUCUCUGUCCUACAGAUGGUCACCUCCUUAAGGUAGACAGUGGGUCUUUCAUGUUUCUAUUCCAGUAAUAAGUUGCAAGCAGGUGUUCCUUAAAUCUUUACUAAAGGUUUAAAUGGGCAAAGUGGCUACAGGUGUGGGUGUUCCCAAAAACACUUGUUUUGCUUUUAUAGUUGAUUAUUUUAGGGGGAAACAUUUAAUUCUUUCUUUCUAAUUACUUUUUCAUUUAUCCUUGCAGGCUCCACAUAAUGGGCUCAAAACCUCUGGUCCAAUGGUUAAAAGCUGUUCACAGGGAUGACUGGACCCCACUAAGCAUUCUUUCAUCUGUAGUGAACAUUUCACCAAAAAAAGCUCCAGGAAAGGCUGGAGGAUCAGUACUACGUGCUCAAGCCACGGCCACGCCCUCCAUCUUCCACCUGACUGAGAAGAGGCUGCUGAAGGCCACAGCCGCCCCAGGAGAAAGGACACCAGGAAGGCCACCGGGGUCCUGUGGAACAUGAGCAUGAAGCAGAUGGGAAAGGAGCUCCAGGUUCAUUGUGGUCCUUGAGGGAAAAGCUGAGGGCCCAGCCUUGGUCCCGCAAGUUGAAGUAACCCGCUCUACAGGGUGAACACGCACCCAGUGCCGCCCAGGAAGCUGCCAGUCAGGAUUGGGCACAGAGUCUCUGGAAGGAACUCCAGGAGACAGUGUGGCCUCCACAGCAUCAGGCAGCCAAGGAGAUGCAAACACGUCUGCUGUAGAUGCUGGCGAUGAGACCCCCUCUUCCCAGCCAGGGCCUGCUGGUUUCUUCUCAGAGCACACUCAAGAGAGGCCAUCUGUCCCUUGAGAGGCUGUUGACCAAAAGAGGCUGAAGAGAGAUGUGGAGCCCAGCUGCAACAGGACCAGCCUGGGGCCUGAUGAGAGCUUGGCCCAGAGCCCCCAAGUUCAUCAUUCACAAUGAUGCCUCAGAAACCCUCCCAGAGCCCCUCCACCCUCCAACAGAUGUCACCCUGAAGCCAGCCGCAGAAGAUGUGCAGGGCGAGCACAGCGACACCGGCCCCACGUCCCUCAGCGGGCUCAUCCUGUCAGCACUGGGGGCCCAAGAACUCCUCGACUGCUGCACUCCUACUGCUUCUGCUCCCGGGGGAACAAGAGCACGGGUGCCGCCUGCGGGAGCAGGUGGAGAAGAACGGCGAGCUGAAGAGGGGCAGCCGCCGACAGCCAGGUGCACACGCUGCAGGAGGAGCUGGACGAGCUGAAGGGAGGGGACUCCCUGCCUUAGCAGCCUGCUGCCCCCAGCCGAGCGCCAGGUGCAGAGCUCCAGCCAGCAGCAGAAGCAGAGCAGUGGGCAGUGGUGGAGGUAGAGCUGGCUCCAGCUCUGUUGACACCACCCCUCUAGCACUGGAACCAGUAUCCCCUCCACCAGCAGUGUUGGAGCUGGAGCAAGGGCCGACGUCGGCUGCAGCAGGAGUGGGAGCUGCUGAGCUGGAGUCACCUGGACCAUCAUUUCUAGUGGGAAGUCCAUCUCCACCUGUGACUAAGAAGCAUGAGAAGAAGCCCAACCUCACGGCCUUCCCUCCUAAGCUGGUGGUGGAGCAGUUGACCAUGAUGGAUGCGGAGCUCUUCCAGAAGGUGGUGCCCUCUCAGUGCCUGGGCUCCACCUGGGGCAAGAGGAACAAGCCCGGCAAUGAGCACCUGGCACACGCCGUCCGGGCCAAUGUCGACCACUUCAGAAGGGUGGCCAACCUCGUCAUCACCACCUGCCUCGGGGACCCGAGCAUGAUGGCCCAGGACAGGGCGAGGGUGGUGGAGCGCUGGAUCCAGGUGGCCCAGGGACUGGAUUGA